AACCUUGAUGCCCGCCUUGGCGGCCAGGGGUGAGCUGGACUCAAACGUGACGUGUGAACAGCAGAAAAGAACUCUGAGAAUGUCUUUUGCGGAACAAAUAAAUUGCUGAAAGUCCUUUGUAAGAUUUCAUAACAUUUAAAGCAUUGUUUAUCGAGCAUCCAACCUGCUGUUGAAUUGUGUCGAAUCAACUGGGUAAGGUACCUAGGUACCUUGCUCGUAUUCACGUAGUACCCUUCUAAUUUACGCGAGGUGAUAUUUCUUCAAGAUUAGUCGGUUUGGGAGGAUUUUUCAGAUCCUGGCCGGGAUCUAAGUCUUCUCAGACAGGUAAGAAAGUAGCAGGGACGUGGUUUGAAAUCAGUAGGGCUCGGACUUUCUCGUUCUGUGGGAAUUCGAUGCAUGUUGGCGUUGAUUGGCGGAAGGUUGUUGAGCUUGAAAGUACGGAGGAUGAUUGCGAAGGCCAUGUAGAACUUCCGAGCAUGAAACGAGGAAGCUCCAAUUAAAACCUUGAAGUCGCAUAGCCGUAAGCUGGCAAAAAGUCCAUGAUGGAGGAUGCCAUUGAAUACCACCUGGGUAGGCUUGCAAGUACCUUUUGUCCCCCGGGACCGUCAACACUCGCUUAAUUGCCAAACGUUCUUUCCAUUCCCGGAAGGCGUGGCUGGCUGCUCAAUCUUGCAUCUUCCUGGAAUCACAUCCGGCUCUCUACAAUACAAUGCAGCAUUCAUCACCAUCGACAGUUGUCAGCAUGUCUCGCGACCGCUCGCCGUCCGCAGAUGUCGAUCUCAUCAAAUCCCCACAGCCUACCGAAACUCGCAAGAAAGGCACGCUCUUCAUCGAAGCCAGGUUGAAGGACGGGAUGUUGGAAAGUGGUAUCAUGGAUUUUCAAGGCUGUGAAGCUUAUGCGAAGGUUUUGGAAGCUCAGUUGAUGAGUUUUACCAAUGCGUUUGAGCUGCUGGAGGACAUACUUGCAGAUAAAAAGAAUGCCAUACCCAAAUUGGGACACGAAUACGGCAAAGCCAAGGCAACAUUGCAGUCUUUGAAGGUGAUCGAAUACAUUGGGCCUACUACAGUUGAGAGAUGCUUCAUAACGUCAAAGGUGAAAUUGAAAGUUCAGGUCUUCCAGCUACAUGGAAUCUCGUCAUCUGAAAAAGAGAAAAAUGAGGAUGGACUACUGGGAGAAGUGAUUUCGAUGCCCAAUGUCCGGUUCGAGGGGGUAUGGGACGAGCUUGUUUUUGAUCAUGAACUGAAGGCAGAUCUAAUUUGGAUGAUGACCAACAUUCUUCGAUUUUCAAAAGCAUUUGAAAUGCACAAACUCCCACGGAAGCUCAACCCUCUUAUCCUAUUCCAUGGUCCGCCAGGAACAGGCAAGACAAGUUUGUGCCUAGGCCUUGCACAAAAGAUCUCGAUUCGUCUAAGCACGAGCUACAAGUCUACCAAGCUGGUGCAGAUCAAGACUGCAGUUCUGCUAUCCAAAUACUACAGCGAGAGUGCCAAACACGUCGACGAUAUAUUCAAUAUGAUUAUCGAAAUGUGCGAGGAAAGGCCAGACGGCUUUAUCUGUGUUUUGAUUGAUGAGGUGGAAUCCAUUGCCAGCUCAAGAGAGUUCAGCACACAGCACGGGGAGAGCCUUGAUUCGAUGCGCGCGACGAAUGCUUUACUUACCGGCCUUGAUCGAACAGCGAGAUAUUCAAAUGUGGUCUUCCUUUUCACAUCGAACAUGUGCGAUGCCUUGGAGCCCGCUUUUCUUGACAGAUGUGGCUUGAGGGAAUUCGUCGGUCCACCAAGAAAGGCAGAGCAGUACGAAAUUCUUCGAAGUGUCUUGGAGAGAUUGAUGGAUUGCCACGUUAUUCAGCCUUCAGUCCACAUACCACAAUACAAUGAUGCUGUUUUGGAUUCUUUGGUUGGAGACCUAACAAGGAAUCUUCCUGGUCCCAAGCUUGUCGACAUUAUCAAGCUUACACAAGCCUCCGCCGCGAAGUAUGGUGCACCAUUCAGCGCACGGAGUCUUGGUCAACUACCCGAGAAAGCGCUCAUGAGAUACUUGAGGGAAGAGGAAUGUGAUAUAGACUUGGCGCUAGGACUUUUACGAAGAUGUGUCAUCGUUACUCUGAAAGCUGACGGGCCACUUGCAGGCGAAUCCGAGUUUGAGAUGCUGAAAGAGACAGAAAGCGAGAUAAAGAAGCGGGAUUGGAACGAUGCGAGCGACAGCCUCCUUGAGACGGAGCCAGGAAGCAUUGCUGAAGAGCCAGACCUUUUCGACAGCAUAGACUUACUGGAUUGUUCCAAAACAAUCGAUCCAGGAGCAAUCGCUGAACAUGAAGUCAAUUUUCUUGGUGACGCUGCUCGCUCGCCCGCUGUUAUCACGGCUAUAGGAACGGUGGAGCGUACGGGACCGAAACGUAAGAUGAGCUUAAUAGACUAUCGGGAAUUUGUGGAGGCCGGACGUAAGUUCGGCGAAAAACACGACUUGCGCGAUGAAUGGAAUCAUGGUAUGGCUGGAAAGCGGACGAAGACAUAG